AUGUUCAAAGAAGCCCUGGCCAAGGAGGAGAUAAUCGAUGUUCUGGUCGAGUUCAUGCUUGGCGAUAACCCAAAAUCGGCGCUGGAGAAGCUGCGGCUCGAGGGCAACACCGCUACCGUCUGCGGCAAGGUGUUCAAAAAUGGGGAGCCCACCUACAGUUGCCGGGAGUGUGGCAUGGAUCCCACCUGUGUGCUGUGCGUAAACUGCUUUAAGCGGUCGGCGCAUCGCUUCCACAAGUACAAAAUGUCCACCUCCGGCGGCGGUGGCUGCUGCGAUUGUGGGGACAAUGAGGCCUGGAAGAAGGAUCACUAUUGUCAUCUGCAUUUGGAUAAUCGAAAGAAUCCGCUCGAGAGCAAGAUCAUCAGUGGGGCCGUUUUGGAGCGCAGCGAGAUCUGCUUCAGUGCCAUUCUGGCGUUUUGCGUCAACUAUCUGGAGAUCGAGCCGAACGCCAGUCUGAAGUGCCUCGACGGGGAGGGGCUGGAGCUGGAUGGGGCGCACUUUUGCACGGUGCUGUACAACGACGAGUCGCACACGUUUGACCAGGUCAUCCAGACGCUGACAAAGAUCGCCAAGUGCCGCCACAAGGAGGCCAUGGAGAUAGUGGCGGCCAUAGACCGCGAGGGCAGGGCCGUGGUCAAGUGCGACACGUUCAAGGCGUGCAACGAGCUGAAGAUGGCCAUAGAGAACCAGAUGAUACCACCGAGCGGUCUCCUUACCAAUCUCCGCAACAACCAGUCGCUGCGAACCUCCGUGCUGCACAUCAACUCGGUGGCCUGCCAGCAGUUCGCCCUCCAGCUGCUUAGCUGGUUCCAGGAGUUCCUUGUCCGCCACUACCUCUUCCGCAAGACCUUCUCCGAGCUGGUGCAGCAGAAGCAGGAGUCCUUCUGCAUCCGCCACAUCCUCGAGUGCGACGUGAAGCUGUGGAAGACCGCUCGCACCUGCUGGCACCGCCUCCUCAUCUCGGGCAUGCUCAUGGAGUACGAGAACAAGAUGGUGCUGGCCCAAGAGUUCUCACGCCGCUACGCGACAAUCGUGGAGGACUUCAUCAACGAUGACCACGACCACGCCUUCUCGAUAGUCUCUCUCAGUGUGCAGCUCUUCACCGUCCCCAGCAUUGCCCAUCGCCUGAUCGCCAAGGAGGGCAUAUUCGACAAGCUGCUGCACACAUUCUACUACGUGGCCAUCGAGAAAUUCAUCCUCAAUCGCACCCUCCACUUCAGCAAGAACAUUGCCAGCCUGACCUUCUUCAAGCGAGCCAACUAUAUUCUGUACGACCUGCGCUAUCUGCUCAGCCUCAAGCCAGACGUUCUGAGCAAUGAGCUGCGCACUGGAUUUCUAGAAGGCUGCAAGGCUCUGAUGCGAGUCCUAAAUGUGAUGCAAGGCAUGGAGUCGAUUACUCGCCAGACGGGACAGCAUAUGGACUACGAGCCGGAGUGGGAGUGCGCCUUCAAUCUGCACAUAAAGCUGGCCACGACCAUUUCGCAGGUGAUCGAGUGGGCAUCCACCGACAAGACGCUGCUGCACAAACUCUACAAGAUGACGGUGCGGGCUCUGGUGAGCAACAACUUUAUUGUCGGAGGCGAGGAGGCGGAGGCCAAGAGUGUGGCUGGACAUGUGGCCAACUGCCUCAUAUACGAUGUCUCGGUGCGGCCGGUGUCCAUUCAUCUGCCAUUGACUCGCUUUUAUGCCGGGAUCUACCUGCAUCUGGGGUCACACGACCUAAGCUACGACUGCCUGGUGGCCGAAACCGAGGCGCUGAACAUCAAGAUGACACCGCGCGAGAUCAUAGAGCCGGUGCUGUGCACCCAUGCGAUGAUUGCCCAGGUGGCCGCCGGAAUGUGGCGCCGCAACGGCUACUCUCUGCUCCACCAGCUGUACCUCUACAGAAAUGUGCGCUGCCGCGUCGAGAUGCUGGACAGGGACAUUGUCUGCCUGCAGAUUGGUGCCUCUCUUAUGGAGAGCAACGAGUUCCUCAUCCAUGCCCUGAACAACUGGCCGAGUCCCCCUCGACGAUGA